GGGCGGGCCCUGGCCUCGCGCGGCCCGGAGGAGGCGGCUCCGGGCCGUGGGAGCUGCUGUGUGCCCAUGGCGGCCGCGGCGGAGGGGCCGCCCGAGGCCGGCGCGCAGACCGCCAAGCGUGGGGAUCUGUUGUAGCCCAUAUGAAGCGGACUGGGACAGCGGUGGUUCUUCUCCGAGUCAGUGACUAGAAAUAAACAGCAGCACCGUGCGCAUUCAGAAGUUCUCCGCUGAUUGCUUCGCUGUCUAGCCACGAGGGGGACUAAUACUCGUCAGUGCUGUCAGGCUGGGUGCCUGUCUCUUGAAUGCUCUCUAAAGUAUUAUUUGGAAAUAAUGAUGCUGCUACUUCGAAGAAUCUACCGUGGUUUGUUACCCCUUAAGAGUGCGAAGUGUGAAAAAGGCGACUUACAUGGAAAGUGGCUGUAGGCAGCUUGAAGGGGGAAAAAAUGGGACCAUGUAAUCUUUCUGUUGUGCUUCCGGACUUGCUAUAGUUUGUCUUAACCCUGUAAUGUCUUUACCCUGAGUAGAGGAUCCUGCUAUUGAAACUGCAGAGGAAGCUAAGGAGCCAGCGGAAGCAGAUAUCAAUGAACUCUGCAAAGACAUGUUCAGCAAAAUGGCCACUUACUUGACAGGUGAACUGACAGCCACCAGCGAAGACUACAAACUCUUGGAAAACAUGAAUAAACUGACUAGCUUGAAGUACUUAGAAAUGAAAGAUAUUGCUAUAAACAUAAGUAGAAAUCUGAAGGAUUUAAACCAAAAAUAUGCUGAUCUCCAGCCAUAUCUGGAACAGAUAGACCUAAUUGAGGAACAGGUCGCAGCUCUGGAGCAGGCAGCUUAUAAACUGGAUGCAUAUUCCAAAAAACUUGAAGCCAAGUACAAAAAACUGGAGAAACGAUGAAAUUACAAUAGUCUGUAAGUUGGAGUUGGGCAGUGAAUCGGACUGAUCUCUGGUUUUGUACAACAGCAAUUCUGUAUGUUGACAAUGAUUUGUUUACAGCUGGAAUGGAGACUGGGAUUUUUUCCAGCUAUUGGUAGGCUGUAUUCAGGCUUAAGGCUGAAUAAUAUUUUCCUCUUCUCAAGGGAUACUGUUGCCUCAGUUUUGCAAUGAAAAAUAGAAGCCUGUAUUUAAUUCAUGGCGAUAUUGGCUAUAUGUGUGUUAGUCCUGUUUUCCACAUGAAAUACUCGGUCUAGGCAAAGUCUUCCAUAAUCUGUACAGACAUUUUCCCUUAGUAGCAGCAGGACCUACGCUUCAAUUUUUCUUUCAUUGAGCUCUGUGUUGGGAAGAUACCUGGACCUUUGGACUUAAUGGAUGGAGUAUUGAAAACACUUCACUUUGGUGUCCCCUUUUAUCUGUUUGAAAUAGAGAGACAAAUUUACAAUAAACUUGCUACAUCUA